GCACAGCCUCAGAGCCCCAAGCCGGGAGGAGGUGGCUACAUUGUGUCUAUUGUAUCCCUUGGCUGUUGUAUUUGUACAUUUCUCGGGACGUGAAAUUGAGAGUGAAAAGCAUGGCAGAUGAGCAAGAAAUCAUGUGCAAAUUGGAAAGUAUUAAAGAGAUCAGGAAUAAGACUCUGCAGAUGGAGAAGAUCAAAGCCCGUCUGAAGGCUGAGUUUGAGGCACUUGAGUCAGAAGAGAGGCACCUGAAGGAAUACAAGCAAGAGAUGGACCUUCUGCUACAGGAGAAGAUGGCUCAUGUAGAAGAACUCCGCCUAAUCCAUGCUGACAUCAAUGUGAUGGAGAACACUAUCAAACAGUCUGAGAAUGACCUAAAUAAGCUUCUAGAGUCCACUCGGCGGCUGCAUGAUGAGUAUAAGCCGCUGAAGGAACAUGUUGAUGCCCUGCGCAUGACUCUGGGCCUACAGAGGCUGCCUGACUUGUGUGAAGAGGAGGAGAAGCUCUCUUUGGAUUACUUUGAGAAGCAGAAAGCAGAGUGGCAGACGGAGCCUCAGGAGCCCCCCAUCCCCGAGUCCCUGGCCGCCGCCGCCGCUGCCGCCCAACAACUUCAAGUGGCUAGGAAGCAGGACACUCGGCAGACAGCUACCUUCAGGCAGCAGCCCCCACCUAUGAAGGCCUGCUUGUCAUGUCACCAGCAAAUUCACCGGAAUGCACCUAUAUGUCCACUGUGCAAAGCCAAGAGUCGAUCUCGAAACCCCAAAAAGCCAAAACGGAAGCAGGAUGAAUGAAGAGAAAGAGAACACAUGAAACUCUGCUGAUCAGAACCCCUCCCUUUGGCCAGAGUUAUUGAUGUCCUGAUGUGAAACAACCAGUUCCCACCCCCACCAAGUCUCCUAUUUAAUGUGAUGGAAGCACAACUCCUCUCUCACUUUGCUCUUUUUCUUUCUGCUCUUGGGAUUUCUGGUUUAGGAAGAAAUGUGGUUCAGGUGUUAAUGACAGCGUGUCUUUUCUCCCACCCACAUUUCAACCCCUGCCAUUUGGAGCUAAGAGAAGGGCAAAGAUCCUGGACAUGAUUCUCUGUCUCUCGUGCCUCGGGCCUAGAUCCUGAGGAGCUGUAGGGUUGAGUGCUGGGGAAGACCCCUAUCUUGCUUCAAGUAAAGGUUCCAGUGUUUCCUCUCCCUGUACUCUUGCCUUAGACUUUGAAGGGACAAGCAGUCCUCUUGCUGGACUUCCCAACAGGCUGGGUGCAUAUAUCUCAAACACUCCUAUGCUUAUCUCUUUCUUAAGGCCCAGAGGUAGCUUGUACAAGCCCUCCUUUUUGUAUUCAUUUGGAAGGUCUGGCUGUUACUCUAUAGUUCCCUCCACCAUGUCCCCUGGAUAUACUAAAUUUCUUGGUUGCCAUGCUGUAUCUCUGAAGAUGCUGAGAUCUGCAGGUCUUUGUCCUAUAUCUCUAGUCCUUGCAGACCCAAAGUAGAAGUUCCCCAUGGUGAAAUGAGGGAACCAGACCCAUUGUACAAGUCUUGUCUAACUCACUGCCUAAGUCACUGGGGAUGAAGGCUCUGCUGUAGGGGCUGUCUUAGGCUGAGUGCAGCCCCAGACUAACAUUUGUGUUGACUUUUAUUCAAUGUUUACCUGCCCAGUGGUAUUAUCAUAGAGGGAGAGGAAUGGAUUUAGAUUCAAGUAAGUGCCAAUCUCACUUUACCCAUGCAAGUGGGUAGGAAUUUCCCUCCAUUCAUCUCUCUCUCUCUCUCUCUCUCUCCCUUUCUCUCUUAUCUUUCUUUUUCUCUCUCAGGUCUGCCCUCUUCUGUGGAUUGUGCAGGUGGUCUCCCCUCCCAAAAGAUGAGAAACUAGGCUCCCCAGACCCUACAACUCUCCUCUCCCCCAAAGCUAGGUCUCCUUGUUAUGUCAUUCUUGAACUUAAAGGAUGGGCUUGGAGACUAGCUAACUGAAAAAAUUUUAGGUCCAGGUCUCAGUCCCUGAAUGGGGAGGGGAAUAUUUUUCCUUCCUUUCUUAACUGUAGUUUUAAGUUGUCACAGUGUCUAUGUGUUCAUAAUAUAAAAUGUUCCUUGGCUCUUUGAUAGUAAGAGUAUUAAGUCUUACAAAUUCUUUUAAAUAAACAUGUCUUCA